CAGAAUCAGAUAAAACCUCAUUACAGCUGAACAAGCGCUGGUGUGACAUGAGGAUUGGGAAGGCGAGCAACAACAAACUGCAACAUCAUAGCGUUUACUGUGGUUUUGCUUCGCGUCUGUUCAACUAAUAGUGAUGGUUCCACUACAGAAGAGUUGCUCUGCAGAGGCCCCGUUAUCUCAGCUCAAGAUGUACAGCUUCAUGGGAGGGGGCCUGUUCUGUGCUAUUGUUGGUAAUAUCCUGUUGGUGAUCUCCACGGCGACCGACUACUGGAUGCAGUACCGUCUCUCUGGAAACUACGCCCACCAGGGUCUGUGGAGGUACUGCAUGUCCAACAAGUGCUACAUGCAGACUGACAGCAUUGCUUACUGGAAUGCCACCAGGGCCUUCAUGAUCCUUUCAGGGAUGGCGUGCUUUGCAGGCAUCAUCGCUGGCAUCAUGUCGUUCGCUCACUUCUCCUCCUUUGAAAGGUUCAACCGCUCCUUUGCUGCAGGAAUCAUGUUUUUUGUCUCCACUUUCUUUGUUCUGCUGGGUAUGGCCAUUUAUACUGGAGUGACAGUCAACUUCCUGGGGAGGCGCUUCGGUGACUGGCGCUUCUCCUGGUCCUACAUACUGGGCUGGGUGGCCAUGCUCAUGAACUUCUUUGCAGGUAUUUUCUACAUAUGUGCCUACAGAAUGUGUGAAUGCAGGAGAGGAAACGGCCCACGCUAGAGGGAGACACACAGCUUGUUUAAAAAAGUAAAUAUAAAAGAGGACAAUGCCAUUUUGAAUUGAGGACAAAUAACAGCGUUGACUGAUCUACUGAAGAGAUGACGUCGGAUGCUGCUCCUGGAGGCCUUGACGGUCUGCUUGUGUUUUCUAAAAGUCUUGCAAUAUGGAUUUUUUAUAGAAAUAGUCAUGAUGAUAGAAAAGAGGAAUGAAUCACGUGUCUAAUUACUGUAACAGAAUUAUUGGUUUUUAUAUUUUAAAGAAAAUCUUACUGUAAUUUGGCACAUUCAAUAAAGCUGGUCCUCAAAUGUUAGUGUGAUUUUUGCAGCUGUACUG